AUGGGCAAUGCGCUUGGGGAUGUCUCGAACUAUGCUUGCUGCACAACCCGGGGCGACGAAGCAGCUGCGUUGCUUGUGAAAAACAGGCAUCACUCCUGGCAGGAUGUUCCAGAGACUGAAGAGUUCCAGGUAUUUUUCGACUGCUACGAGACUCGGGAAGAGAUGCUUCAGCGGACCUUCUCAGGGGACUCUGCUUGUAGCGGUUGCAUGCCUGGUCAACAUCGACCUCGCAGAUAUCCGCUGGAGCGCCGAAGCAGCGGCGAGAUGCCCCGUACCCGGAUGCAAUCUCGAGCCCCAGAGGUUGGUUUCCGCACCUAUGCGGAGAGGGCCUCCGUGCGGCUACCAGAGCCAGUCUUUAGAGACGACAUGCCGCUCCUGCCCGAAGAUGUCUACGAGGACCUCGUGCCAGUUCUGAAGCAGGAGGUGUUAGACCAGUGGCAGAAGCGCCUGAAGGAGGGUGAUCUCGACGAAGGGCUGCAGAAACAGUUGCAAGCGGGCUUUCCUGAGCUGGAAGAGUGGACAUCGCUUUCCACUGUACGCAGAAUGCUGCGAGCCUCCAAUGGCAAUCUGGCCCAGUCGACUGUCAUGCUGAUGAAGGCCAUCGAGUGUCGCGUACGCGAAAGAGAGCUUUUUCAGUGCAUGCGAUGCAAGGUGGCAUGUGACAUCCGGAUCAUUGGACGAGACCGGCAGAAUCGCCCAACCAUAUAUAUCAGCGCAAGGAGCCAGACCGAGCCCCUGCGAACUCUGAUUCCGCAGGUGUUCCUGGCCUUCGAGGCAGCGACUCGGCUGGCGCAGGAGGAUGGCCAAGCGAUCCUGGUAGCCGACAUGAUCCAGCUGCAGUCUCAUCUGAAUCUUGAUCUCUUCGCCUUCAAAGACCUUGCCAACAAUUUCGGUGUGGUCUUUGCAGACCGGCUCAACUGCAUCCUCAUUGUGGAUUUCUCCUGGGUCGCGCAGGAUGGCUGCACGAAUGCUGAUGAUUGGUGCUCUACUCUGCAGACACUGUCACCAUGA